AUGGAAAUCGAACCAUUAGCUUCCGAUCUUCUUUUCUGGAGCCGGAUUCGCCAGAAAUUGCACGCGCCGUUUGCUGAGUUCUUUGGCACCUUUAUACUAAUCAUGUUCGGUGAUGGGGUUGUGGCGCAAGUAGCACUGAGCAAUGACCAAAAAGGUGACUACCAAUCGAUUUCCUGGGGCUGGGGGCUAGGUGUAAUGUUGGGCGUAUACGUAGCAGAAUCCUCAGGCGCCCACCUCAACCCGGCCGUCACAUUCGCAAAUUGCGUCUUUCGUAAAUUUCCCUGGCGAAAAUUUCCCAUAUACGCCUUGGCCCAGUUUCUAGGCGCGUUCUGUGCAGCUGGUGUCGUCUACGCCAAUUACAAAUCGGCCAUCGAUGUCGUCGAAGGCGGCCCCAAUAUCCGCACUGUCCCCGGAUACUCCAAUACCUCAACAGCUGGCAUCUUCUGCACGUACCCUGCGGCUUUCAUGACGCGAACAGGGCAGUUUUUCUCGGAAUUCAUUGCCAGUACGCUGUUGAUGUUUUGCAUUUAUGCGUUGCAAGGAGAUAGUCGAUUGGGGACGGGUGCGGGCAAACUGGCACCUUUGGGGCUAUUUUUUGUGAUUUUCGGUAUUGGGGCGUGCUUUGGAUGGGAAACGGGCUAUGCGAUUAAUCUAGCAAGGGACUUUGGACCGAGAUUAAUGUCCUUCUUUCUGGGAUAUGGGAAGGAAGUGUUUAUGGCAGGAAAUUAUUACUUUUGGAUUCCCAUGGUUGCACCAUUUUUCGGUUGUCUUUUCGGCGGAUUUCUGUAUGAUACCUUUGUGUUUACAGGUGAAAGCCCGAUCAAUACGCCGUGGAUGGGGUUGCGACGGCUAGUGCGGCCGGAAAUAGGCUCGAAGGAGGAAUCGUAUGCUUAA